ACGAACCCGUCAAACAUAAUAGUGCAUAGUGGCUUUUUAUAGUAAUCCCUCGGCGUGAAGAUCAAUCCUUCACUGCAACACACAUGUCAAGUGCUAUGCUUCCCCUGUGUGACAUCGCGGCAGAGGAAUUGCAAUGGGAGAGCAAUCCGUGUCAGAAUCAUCCAGCUACAAUACAAUCAAAUGAAUAUCCUUUCAUCAACUAAAAAUCGCAUUUAACGUCCGCAACACAGUCCCUACCUACCGGUUGUUGGUUGGGCCACGUCGUCGCUCUUUUAACAAAUCGUUGUGGGAGUCCAAGCGAUAAUCGACCGACUUAUGCAGAUUGGUUAUGGUGUUUACCCUUAAUGACAACUAGACCGGAUCUCACGCCACCUUCAAACUGCGUCCAUCACCCACUCUCGCUCACGGACCAAACCCCUCCACACGGCCGCCAUGGAUAGUUUUCCUCAGUCAGAGAUCGAAUACCAGACCGCCCACUUCAAUGAAGACAAUGGCACGGCUAUUGCUGUCGUCGGCAGCGUGUUCGUUGCGCUCGCUAUAGUCUCCGUCGCAUUGCGCGUCGUCGCACGGAGGGUGAAAGGAGUGAAGUUAGCCUCCGACGAUUAUCUUGCAAUCGGCACGGUGAUACCUUUGCUUGUGUUGAACAUUACGUCGGAUCUCUCGGUACGAUGGGGUUUGGGAAGGCAUCUUCUGUGGGUAUUACAGGACCCCGAGAAUAUCGUUAAGAUUGGAAAGGUUCAAUUGGGUAUCUCACUUGGUUAUAAUUUCUCCAUGCUUUUCGGGAAACUGUCUGUGCUUGCGCUCUACCACCGUGUCUUCACUUUUGCGAGCAAGUGGAUGAAAUGGGGCGUGCUUGGGACGGGCCUCAUCACAAUUCUAUGGUUCACAAGCGGAACAUUGGGCGUUUUGUUGGAAUGCCGACCUCUUCACACGAUUUGGACCGAGAAUUGUCUCCCCGCAAAGUCUUCUAGUAUCGUUUUUGCCUCCGUUAAUUUUGCUACGGACGUUGUCGUCCUGGUCUUACCCCAACGCGUCAUCUGGAAGCUGAACCGCUCGUCGCGCGAUCGGCUCGCCAUAAGUGUUUUGUUUCUAUUAGGUAUAUUCGCCACGGCCGUUACACUUACGCGUUUGGUGUUUUUCAACACCUCUCCCGGAUCAGAGCAUCCGUAUGAUUCAACCUAUUAUUCCACCUACACGAUUCUGUUUACCGUUGUAGAACCCGCGUCCGUAGUGUUGUGUGGAUCGCUACCGAUGCUGCCUGGUUUGAUUAAAGCCUGGAUGCACUCAUCGACCACGUCGCGGCGGCUAUUAUCACUCACGAAGUACUGGCCAUCCACGCGCGGCAGAUCUCAAGGGUCAGGCUGGUCAAAGACAGACGAGGGCGAUUCGCGUGAUCGCACAGUGGAAGGUAGUUUAAAGAAGAGCAGCCACUCCGCCGAGAGUACAGAGAUGUUCGAUCUGGAACCUGGCAACGACGGCCAUUAUCAAACGCAUGUUGGACGAGCUAUGUAAUGACGACUUUAUAACCUUCUUGUAUAUAUUGUAUCCUAUAUUCCAAUCGUACGAAGUUUAUACUCGGAACCAAGUCACAAGAUAAUAGCACCACGUGGGGAUUUGUUUCUGUCGGCUGUUGCACGAAAUUAGACGGAUUGAAGCAGU